AUGACGACCAUUGAAACGGCAGUAUCCGCUGUCACAACGUCAGAAAUUCCAGCCGAGAUCACCCAACAUGCAGCAGAGGCCGUGAGGAGGUCCGCAAAGAGGACGCGCGAGGUCUUUGCAGCGGAUUUUGGCCAACAAUCAGCCCUGGAGAAGCCACCGCAGCCAGAAGUGGCGCCGAACGAUCCUUCACCAUACGAUAGAGCGCAGAAAGCCAGCGUCGCGGCACGGAUACGCGUUGAAUAUGAGGACGUCAAGGAGCUUCCAGCAGCACUUGCGCAGAAGCAGGCAAAUUCUGCGGCAGGAAUCGCGGCACGGAGGAAGAAGCCAAAGACUGAGGAGCAAGCAAGUGACCCGGCCAUGGCCAAAAUGAUCGAGGAAGCAGCAGCAUCAAAGAGAACGUCGCAACAGGCAAACGGGACAUCAAUGGCACUUACAAGAAUAAACGGCACUGCAAGUGCCAAAGCACCUCCAAACGCGAAUGGCCCUACUCCACAGCGAAACACGCAAUCUACCAGCCUAGUAAGAAGAGACACAGUAAGACAGCAGAAACCCCAGUGGCAUCGUCCGUGGAAGCUGUUCCGCGUCAUAUCAGGGCACUUGGGCUGGGUUAGGGCUCUCGCGAUGGAGCCGGGCAAUCAGUGGUUCGCAUCAGGUGCUGGAGACCGGACUAUCAAGAUCUGGGAUCUUGCAACUGGAACCUUGAAACUGACACUCACUGGCCACAUCUCCUCCGUGCGUGGACUGGCAGUAAGCCCUCGGCAUCCAUACCUGUUCAGCUGCGGCGAAGACAAAAUGGUGAAGUGCUGGGACCUUGAGACCAACAAGGUCAUCAGACACUACCAUGGCCAUCUCUCGGGUGUCUACACAAUGAGUUUGCAUCCGACUCUGGACGUUCUUUGCACCGGAGGUCGUGAUGGCGUAGUUCGUGUCUGGGAUAUGCGCACUCGCUCAAACAUCCACGUGCUCAGCGGACACAAACAGACUGUAUCGAGCAUUGUCACACAAGCCACGGACCCUCAAGUCAUUUCAAGCAGUCUCGACAGUACAGUAAGGAUGUACGAUCUAGCAGCCGGGAAGACCAUGGGUGUCUUGACACAUCACAAGAAAGGCGUGCGCUCGUUGGUCACGCACCCGACAGAAUACACCUUUGCGUCCGCAUCGCCGGGCCAAAUCAAGCAGUGGCUCUGCCCGAAAGGAGACUUUAUGAUGAAUUUCGAGGGCCAUAAUAGUGUCAUCAACUCUUUAGCCGUCAACGAGGACAACGUGCUAUUCAGCGGAGGAGACAAUGGAAGCGUAGCGUUUUGGGACUGGAAGACAGGACAUCGCUUCCAGUAUGAAGACAGUGUCGCACAGCCUGGGUCUCUCGACGCGGAAGCUGGCAUCAUGACCAGCACCUUCGAUGUCACUGGCUUGAGGUUGAUCACAGGGGAGGCAGACAAGACCAUCAAAGUCUGGAGAGAGGACGAGAACGCCACGGAAGAAACUCAUCCCCUCGAUUGGAGACCAACGCUGGGCAGACAAAAAUUCUAG